AUGCAGUACCAUUCCGCUCUAUAUGUAUAUAUUUACGUAACUUUCACCACUAUUCCCUAUAAGGAAAAGCCGGAUAUCAUUUCGAUCUGCUUCAGCAUGCUGUCGUUUGUUUUUGAUUUUUCUGUCCGAAUUUGCUCUCGUACCUUGGAGUCCUUUUCCUGGUCCUUGAUCAGCUCCUCGGCUUUCAAAGUAGUCUCAGCUUUCAGUUUAGCUGGCUCUUGUGUACUUGCCUCCCGCAGCAGCGUCGGUAUCAUUGUUUCACUACUUUUGUUUAACUUUUCCACUUGUAACUUUGUUCUCUUCCUUUCAGCGGUGCUGAUCGACCUCUUUUUUUGUACUUUCUUGCCAACACCAACAUUCUUGCCCACACCUUUCUUUUUCAUGCUACACUUGCCCAUUUUUUCCUUGCUAAAUGCCCUUGAGUUAUUGUACCUUAUUAUAGCAGGCUUGCACAUCUGA